GUUUAUUGGACAUCGAAGAGCCCUGCAAGUAACUAUCUUAGUGCUUGUUAACAAAGUUAUUAGCUUCAAAGGAGGUUAACAGAACGGCAUCAUGGUGCAGGCUACAGAUGAAAUGGAACAGCCUGAUCUACCUCAGGCUGUCAAAUUGCUCAAAGAAAUGAAUAUGAAUGUCCAGCAGGUAUCUCAACUAGUGGAUAACAUGUUAGUACGGGUCAAAAGUGGUGAAUUAUCAACAGAUAAAGGGCUUAGUUUUCUUGAAAUGAAGUAUCAAAUGCUGCUUAGUUAUUUAAUAAACCUAACUUACAUGGUAUUAAGGAAAUGUUCUGGAGAAAAAAUAGAAUCUGACCCAACCAUUGAUAGACUUAUUGAGAUAAGAACAGUGUUAGAAAAAAUUCGUCCUAUAGAUUCCAAACUGAAAUAUCAAAUUGACAAACUUGUUAAAACUGCUGUGAUUGGUGGUACAACUGAAGAUGACCCCCAGACAUAUCAUGCAAAUCCUGCAAACUUAGUGAGUAAGAUAGGUGACAUGGAAGAUGAAUCCAGCGAUUCUUCAGAUGAAGGAGACAUCAAGAAAGAUAAGACAAACAAAUCAAAUGUUUAUGUGCCACCUAAGUUAGCUGCUGUUCACUUUGAUGAGAACACUUCCAGAGUUGAUAGUGAGAAGAAAAACAAGGAAAAGUCCAAAAAGCAAUAUCUCAACUCAAGCAUAAUGCAUGAACUUCGUGAAGAGUAUUCUGAAGCACCAUUAGAAGUUAGCACUGGCAAUCAUGUAAAACAGUCAAUAUCCAAGUAUGAAAUGGAAAAGACUGAAUAUGAAGAGAACUAUUUGACUCGUCUACCUGUCACAAAAGCAGAAAAGAACCGCAGGAAAAAGCUUACGACAGUAGGGAUGAUUGCUGAUGAAGUUACAGGUACUAGUAGUCGGAUAAAUUCUAGAAAACACAAAUUAAAAUCAAAGAAAGGUAAGGGUUUUAAGAGAAGGCGUACUCAAUGAGGUCAUAUAUUAUGAUAUGAUCUACUCAACUGAGUAUGCUACAAUAUGAAUUAUUUUAUAGAUAAACUACAAUGUAUUACUUAUAUUAUUCAUUUUGAUAAGUUGGCAUCUACAGUUCUAUUGUCUAUUUAACUAAUUUAGUUGUUUUUGAUAUCAUUUGAGCCAUUUGGCUAUGAUUAGAUUUAUUUAAUGUUUUAAUAAUUAGGAUUUGUUACAUUAAAAAUACUUUAAUAUUAUUCCAAGAAAACAGUAUCGAAUUAUAUUACUGCAAAAAUUAAUUAUGUAAAUACUCAACACAGCUCCAAUAUAUGAGGAAUAUGUAUAGAUAGGGUAGGGCACAGGGUAAUUCUCAUUACAGAUCUAAGCUGCUACUUUCUAUUUAAAAUAUAGAGCUCAUUGUUUACUUCAAUGGCACUGUAAUAUCUGAAUAAUUAUUGGAAUGACUUGUUAAUUGCUGUUGGAGUGAGGCUUCUGUAGUAAACAAUGAGUUGAUAGUAACUGUAUUACAAAAUAAUAUAAUAAAAAUUGAAAGAUGUAAUGUUGUCACUCAAGGAAAGAUAGUAAAUUAAUUUCAUAUAUUCCUUAUCCAUUUAUUGAUACUAAUAGUUAGGCCUUUUAGUCCAUCCAUUAUUGAAGAUUUUUCAUACUUAAAUAGAUUUUCAUUAAUUAAUGACUAUAAGCCAUGUAAGUACAGAAAAAAGAACACUCAAAUUUGAACAAGAUUGGAUGGACUAUAUUUUAUUUAAAAGAAUGCAGCAUUCAAACAGUAACGUCCAAGGAGGUGCUAAGGUGUUUAUUUGUGCUGCAUUGAUACUACAUACAAUAAAUAAUCUUUAUGAAUAUAGUAGACUAUGGUUGUUACAAUUUCUGGAAAGCAGCAGUUAAGAGGGUUUAAAGAUAUGAAUGUAUGAUUUUUAUGUUGUAAUUAAUUGCAUUUUAUAACAAAUCCAUGGGAUGUAUGUUUCAUUAAAAGCCGCUCAUUACAAAGAUUCAUUAUCAGUCUUGGUUAGGAGAAACCAUAUCUUUUAGUAUACUAUUGAUAUUUACAUUAUUAUUACAGUGCCCAGAAUAUUUAUUAAAAUGAUAUUGCUUGUGCUGUAUUUCUAUGAUUUUGAUAGUAUUUUGUUAAUAAAACUAAUAACAUAGACUUGGCAAAUAUUUCUGCCCAUAAUUGCAACAUGUACCAAUGUGUACCUAUCCUUUGUUAGA